UUGAUUUGAAAUCUUAUGUAGGCCAGUACGAGAUAAAGGGUCAGUCACCUGGACUGGCACUAUGGGUCCCGUUUAUAUCCUAGACUGCUGCAGUGUGAAAGCCAAGCUUUUUCGAAGAGCCUGCGAUCAAAGGACCUGAAGAAACAGUGGUGAAGAUAAUAUUACUGUAAUGUUACGAGGAAUAAAGACAUAAGCCUCGAGGGCAGCCGUCCCCUGCCCGUCGAACUUGGCAUGCAUGAAACAUUCAUGACCUUGGCGACCUCAGUUGACGCAUGGACCAUGUAUCCAGAAGUUAGGAUUUCAUUCCACUGCCCAAUUGGGUCGCAUACACCGCUACUUCCCCACCCACCGUCUGGUCGUAGUCGAAGAUAGAAGCCAAGAUAUGUCCGAUCACAUGUGCGCAGAAUGGCUGGCACUGGACCGUGUCCAUCAGGCAGACGCAGGUCACGCCCACACGUACUGUACUCCGUAUACGUCGUCGCACACAGAAAGUAGAUGCAGGCAGGCAGGGCAGGGCAGUGGACCGUCCGUCAGGGUACUGAAAUGAUUCGUUCGGGUCAAGGUACAGGGCCCUCGGAUAUCGAUUUCGUGAAGAACUCGUUGUUGUUGGAUGGAAAGCCGACGACGGCACGAUGUACGCCUUCUACUGUGUCUCAUGAGCAGAGCCCGGCAUAGCAGAUGCAGCAGAAGCUGACAAUUGGACUCGCCUCAUCUCCUUCUUGCCCUCGCCAUCGAAGCGUGUGCCCUGGAGCUAGACAAAAUGUCGCAGUCGGAUGGGUGUCCCCGUCGACACCCUCGUUCUCACGCGCGUGCUGUGUGGUUCGAUGACCAUGUGAAGGCAGAAUCCGCCAGCAGUGGGCGCAAUCUUCAUCCCAGUCAUGCCCUGUGUAAAAUCUGAGUGCAAGGUCGUGUUCCGAUUAAAAAAGUGAAAAUGGAGACCGAAACCUGGCCAUUCACGGAUACUUGGAGCUUACAUGGAAACAAGGAGAUUGUGUCACGGUACCAGAUUUUGGAAAAGAUCGGAGAGGGAGCAUUUGCAGAUGUUUACAGGGCGAGAAGACGGGAAGAUGAUUUGAUUGUCGCCCUGAAGGAGGUUCACGACUCAGACAGUUCGUAUAGGGAAGUGAAAGCCCUCCUUCUUCUGGACCACCCCAAUGUCGUCAAACUUUACGAGUACUUCGUGCAGGGCAGCAACAUGGUGCUCGUCCUGGAGUACCUGCCUUCCAAUCUUGCCCAGGUCAUACGAGCUGGUAACCUCACGGAGGCAGAAGUCAAAGGCUGGUGUAUCCAGAUUCUGCGCGGGCUAUCUGCUUGUCAUUCAGCCUCGGUUCUCCACAGGGAUAUCACGCCCGCCAAUCUACUGAUCUCCGAAGAUGGAACCUUGAAGAUUGCAGAUUUUGGAACGGCCCGUGUUUUGAUAAAGGAUGCUGAGGGGGAGAUUGAUGGAUUUGGUUAUGGAUCAGAAGUUGCUGAUGACGAAUUGGCAGCAAGUGGCCUCAACAAUUCAGAGCCUUGUGAGAGUGGACGAGAGUUCAACCCCCAAAUUGAAGUAGACGGCGUCACAUCAACUGGAACCGGCGUUCCCCAUGUGCCCUUCAGAACAGAAGCACCUGGCCGACAGUUCGGUUCAAGUCCAAAUCGCUUCGAGACGGGGAAUGCUGGGCUACAAGAUUUUUCUGAAUCUGAUAAUCCUCAGGUUGCAAGCACGAGCCCACGAGACAGAGACUCUGACCUCCCGGAUCGCGAGUCGAGUGGUUCUGCGGUCGAAGGCAGGGCGCAUGAUGGAGUGGAGAAAAUGGAGAGAAAUUCGAGCCAAUCGGUCGGACGGAGCGUGUCAGGGUUUCAGAGUCCUGGAUUGCAGGGCCAGGAUCCUGGAUGCUGCGGAUGGUUUUCCUCAGAGCCAGAUUCCGCACUUCCUUCGAUCAAAACUGCCGACCCAGCUGCUCUCCAGCCAAACGUCGUCUGGAAUGCAGGGACAGAGCACCGUCCUGGCCAGGACGCAAACGCCAGAUCCCACGAGGAUGAUGACGAGGAGAGUGACAGUGACAGUCGCUCGAAAGAGAAACAGGGAUUUCAGGACUGGAUCGUUACUCAAGAGAACACUCAGCAGACGUACGAUGCUGAUAACCUCGCCCAUGGCAAGGCAGAACGUGAAGGCGAUUUGCUGCGAAAGUUCCAUCGAUUUCUCAGGAAGCGAACGGGGCGCUCCGAGGGAAAAAUGGAACCGAAGGAGGUUUCCGCUUCUGAACCUGAGGGGGCUGCCAUGGCAGACGAUCAGGAGGACGUGUGGAAGGAGCCCUCGAAAAAUUGGGAUCCCACAUGCGCGCUCAUGACGCAUUCCGAGCAAGCUCCUUCACUGACGACGAGCGUGUUCAGGCACCCGGCGGCUCAAGAGCUCCGCAGAGGAGUCGAUGAAUUGGACCCCCGGGGCACCUUCAAGGACGCCAGAGCGAACAAGGCAGUGCGCAGCAACAUGUCGUCGUCCACCGGAUCUCUAAGAGCGAUGGCUUCUGCUCCCAACUCUGCACACAAUGAUGGAUUCAACCGUGCGAUGUUUUCGGAGGGCCUCUCUGCUGUUCACGAUGAAGUCGCGCCCGUGGUGGAAAAAUCGGGAGACGAUUUGGAGGCUGACGGCUUCUGUGCACGAUCGGUGGGAGCUGGGAAUGCUAGCUCUUCUCAUAGGAAGGCCGGCAGAUCAGGAGCUAUCAAUAUCGGUGGCAAAGGUGGUCAGAGACCGGGAACGGGACCGGAAGGCGAGUUUGGGAGUGUUGGGAAAAUCGUUGGAACAUCAUGGGACCAAGUGGAUGAGCACUCGAGGUCGUUGUCGGAUGUCGAAGGCACGAGGUGGUUUAGAGCUCCACAUGUCCAGGAUUCUUACAUGGAGACUGGCAAGGCAGACGCAUUCGGCGGCAUGCGGUCGUCGGGUGAAACGAGACGGGACGAUGUAGAAUUUGAAGAGGAGUGGGAAGAUGGCACUGAAGGCACUGAAGGCGGGGCUUACGGGAGGAGAGGUGGAUCAUCGCAGGACACAAGUGAUCGAGGUGAGAACAUAUCAGAAGACGGUGAGGCUUUUACAACCAUGGUCGGUACACGCUGGUACAGAGCACCUGAGCUGCUUUAUGGAGCCACCAAGUAUGGAAUGGAGAUCGAUAUCUGGGCAUUUGGAUGUGUUUUUGGGGAACUCCUCUCAGGCAAACCGCUCUUUCCUGGAUUGAAUGACAUUGAUCAACUCAGUCGGCUGGUGAGAAUAUUGGGUUCUCCAACUGAGAAAGAGUGGGAAGGUGUAACCUUGCUACCCGACUUCAGCAAGAUUAAAUUUGUGGAUGAUCGCUCUCCGACGACUCUCAGAAACUACUUGCCAAACAUUUCGAAGACCUCCUUAAAUUUUCUGGAAAGAGUCCUUGCGUAUGAUCCUCUUCGGAGGCCAACUGCCGCAGAAGGUGUAGAGGAUAAUUACUUCCAUACGGACCCACUUCCGAUUGCUCCAUCCAAAUUGACAGUCCCAACAUCCGAGGAGAAGAACAACUCUACUGACGAUGAGUGGGGUGAAUGGAAGGACCCAGGGUCUCCUUUCUCGGAUUUUGAAAUGCUUGGCUAAGGUGGUCAUGGCUGGGCCUAUCAAAACUCUAGACAUCCUUCUCCCAGAAUCAUUAUGUGUCAACUCCAGGCCAGAGCCAGGCAAUCAGUUUGGACCUUCAUCACUUCAGAACUUCAACCCUGAUACUUCCAUCUACAUCCUCAGAUAUCAAUGCGCUACCCCACUUGGAAUCCAAGGUGGGCUGGCUGCCAGGUUUACUGAGGCUCUCGUGUAAUAUUUGGUUGAAGUUGUGAUGGCGCAAGCACCGUUGCCUAAAUAGAGUUUUGAAGAGUCUAAGUAUCUCUGUUUCGGCAUGUUGGGUUGCUUUUGCAUGCUCUGCUUCCAACUCACUGUCCUUUGGCUUGACGGAAAAGCUACGAGUUCGAAUACAAACUUCCUGUCACGUGUAUAUGAGGAGUUUAUCGCCUUUACAUGGUUGAUCGAGUCAUCUCGAGUCUGAGGAGGCAGUUGAAGAUCAUCCUGAAAUCUUGGAUGGUUCUUCAAGACAUGAAACUUCAUGUGGGCAUGGAGGCUCUAUUCCUGCGAUUGUUCUCUGAUGAGUUAUGCACGCCAUGAAAUUAGCAAUUGGGUGCAGUUCAGUGUGCGCCCGACGGCUUUGACCGACGUUUUAACGCUGCUAUUACAGUGGAAUCAUCUGAUCUCGAAUUGAUUUACGAAGUGCAGAUUAU